GCUAAUUGUUGAAAUAUGUUUGCUAUAAAAACAACAUUCCAAUAUGUAUUUAUUCUAAAAGUAUAGUUUUAUUGUUUUGUGCUCCGAAGUUAACGGCGAGUACGAAAACGACAACCGCUGUGCCGUAGGCUAUUGUAUUAUGGGUAUUGUAGUUUACAACCACACGUGCGCAUGUGAAAGUCUGACUCGUUGAUCUCAAAGCAAACAUGGCUGGCUUGGAGUUGUUGUCGGACCAAGGGUACCGACUGGACGGGAGGAAACCAUCCGAACUUCGAAAAGUGCAAGCCCGCAUGGGCGUUUUUGCACAAGCGGAUGGGUCAGCCUACAUCGAGCAGGGGAACACCAAAGCCUUGGCGGUGGUAUAUGGCCCUCACGAGGUGCGUGGUUCACGCAGUAAGACUCUGCACGACCGCGCUGUCAUCAACUGCCAGUACAGCAUGGCCACCUUCAGCACAGCAGAGAGGAAGAGGAGGCCUCACGGUGAUCGCAAGUCAAGUGAGAUGAGCCUUCACCUCAAGCAGACCUUUGAGGCAGCUGUACUGACUCAACUGUACCCUCGCUCCCAGAUUGAUAUCUACGUCAAGAUCCUGCAGUCAGAUGGGGGGAACUACAGUGCAUGUGUGAAUGCUGCUACCCUGGCGGUGAUUGAUGCAGGCAUCCCAAUGCGAGACUACGUGUGUGCGUGCAGCGCUGGCUUCGUGGAGGACACGCCCCUGGCGGACCUGUGCCACGCGGAAGAGAGCGGCGGGGGUACCUCUCUUGCCCUUGCUCUGCUUCCCCGAAGCGGCCAGAUCGCCCUCCUGCAGAUGGACGCGCGCCUGCACCAAGACCACCUGGACACGCUCAUCGAGGCAGCCAUGACAGCCUGCAAGGGUCUGAGUGAUGUGCUGGACAGCGUUGUCAGGCAGCAUCUGCAGGAGGUCUCUGUUCUGACCAGGGACUGAGGGGAAGUCUGGAGAGAGCAGGAAGAGUUAAAGCUGAGAGAGAGAACAGGGAUAAUGAGAAGGGUAUGUGUUAAGGAAAGAUAGAGAAACAAAGUGAGAGAAUGAGUGACUGCUAUGAAAGAGAAGUUUAGAUAUAAAUGUAAAGGGUAGUAAGAGCUUUUGUUUGCUCCAAUACACUUCAGAGUAAUGCCAGUGGAUAAAGAUUGUCUAGGACUAGGCACAAAGAAUACAAGGCAUUAUUUUUUAUUUUCUGUAUUUGAAACAUCAGUGAUGCACACAGUUGUUAAUGACUGGGUGACUUGCUGUGCUUGUAUUUCAUGGCUUGUUCUGGUGAGGGAUUCAGGCAGUUAUUAAUGUGAACGUAACUAGCAAAAGGGCAGAGGACCAGACCCCAACUGGAGGUUGAGUGUUGAUCAUAUAUACUACUAGUCCUGAAAAUUCUUCCUCUGUUUAACUUAUGGACACAUGCCCAUACUUGCAAGUGAAGAAGCCAAAUAUCAGGAAAUUCAUAUGAGCAUAGACUUACUCCAAAUGUUCAUUUCAAAAUGCAGCCGUG